GUUGGGGAAAAAGGAAAAUUCCAUUUCGGGGGAGGAAUUGAAGAAGGCUUCCACUUCAUCAAUUCCUCCCCAGCCUGACAGUAGGUUAUGGCAGUUAUUCAUCGGAUUCCGGUCGGUGGAAAAAUAUAAAAACAUGAACCGCUACGAACUUUAAUAGAUUCUUCUGCAGUCAUUUGCUGCCCUCCAAAAACUUCCCAUCUAAACUCUCUCUCUCUCUCUCUCUCUCCCUCCCUCCUGUCUCCAUCUCCCUCUGUCUGUGAUCUUCUUUUGUCUGCAACUCUCAAGUUCUGAUAAUGGAGGGAGGAGAGAAUGGUCAUUUCAGCUUAGAUACUCAGCAUCCGUAGUGCAACUGUAGAUCCUGCAGAAAGCUCGAAUUCUCUUCUGGGUCACAAUUCUUUCUUCCCCUUCCUCAGAAAGGAGGAAGCUUUUCUUCUUCCUCCGGGUCUUUUCUAUCAAUUCCUGGACCGUGACAGCAAUAUGGGCUGAUUUCGGUUGGUCGGUCAGUUUCAGUUCAUAGAAGAUCAGGAAAGUAGCAAUCUUUCAUGAAGUUUAUGCCCUGCAAGUUUCAUUGCCCGUCCUUCAUCUGCUUCUGCAAGCCUUCCCCUCAUAUCUACACCCCAGGGCCCCUGAAAUUGGGAAAUGCCCCUCAUGUCCCCUCGACAGUUAUCUCGGUCCCCAGCGAGUCAUCCGACCAGUCAUCUGCCGUGGUGAAGAAUGGAAAUUCUGAUGAGAAGCCGAAACAGCAGCAAGCCGACGGCAGUGUCUGCAUCAAAAGCAGCCUGAAGAAGGUGUCUCAGGGUGUGGAAGAGGCUCAGGAGAAGAAGAAGAAGAAGAAGAAGAAAGUGAAGUGGGUGGAUUUCUUUGGAAAGGAGCUUGUUGAGAUCAGGGAGUUUGAUUCUUGCGAAGACGAUGAACUCGACUCUUGUAGUGAAAGAAGCGAUACGUGCAUCAUUCUUUGACACUUUACCCGGCUCGGCCAGAAUAAACACACAUCAGCAAAAGAAGAAUCACAGCUCAUUGAAUCGAAACCUCAGAGACAGAAUUUCCUGCGUAUCAAUCAUUUGCUGUCUCUCUGCUACCAGUUCUAAGCCUUCUGUGACUAGCCUAAAUUUGUGAAUGUUGAUUCAUUUAUCUAAUGGAAGUUGCCAUAUUUUUUCUGUU